AUGCCCAUCUCACUCGGCGUCCGUCGCCUGCUGGUCUACGGCAACUCAGACUUGGUGGUCAAUCAGGUGAUGAAGGAAUGGGAUAUUAGGAGCCCAGCUAUGGCUGGUUACUGCAAUGCAGUGAGAAAACUAGAGAAGAAGUUUGAGGGGUUAGAGCUCCACCACAUACCCCGAAUCAAGAAUCAAGCAGUCGAUGAUCUGGCGAAGAUAGGUUCCACUCGGAAACCUAUUCCCAGUAAUGUGUUCUUGGAGCAUCUCCACACUCCGUUAGUUCAAGAAGAUCCUUUUACAGAGGAGCCCCUGCAACCGAUAGGUUCAACUAAUCCGACUGAGAUUGAAAUCCCACAUGUAGUCGGCCUGAUCAUGGAGGUUUUAGUGAGCACUCCCGACUGGACGGUGCCAUAUAUUCCAUAUCUGCUCAGGCAGGAGCUUCCAGAGGAUGAAGAUGAGGCCCGCCAGAUCAUCCGCAGAUCCAAAGCCUUCACGCUGAUAAGUGGGCAACUUUACAGAGGAAGUGUUACCGGAGUAGCUCUGCCGGAAAGAAUGGGAGAGUGA